AAUAAUUUUUUUUCACGGGCAACGCCAGGCCCUUUAUCUGGCGGUUUACAAUUCUUAAAAACUUCAGGAAAAGUUCCGCAAUACCUUUACGGGUCCAAAUUGAUCCUAAAACCAUGCUACUGUAUUUCUAGAUGCUGGGCAGAUAAUAUAAAACUUGUUUACAAUGAAACCAGUAGAACCAGUUCUAAUGUUAAAGGAGUUUACACAAGGGUUCCUGGUUUCGGGGAUACCAGUGGAGUAGAGUACUUAGAUCCGUCCUGGUCUGCCUGGAUACUAGCAGAUGCAGGCAAUUAUAUGAAGGAUAUGGUUGAAUACUUUGUAUCCCAAGGAUAUGUAAGAGGAGAGAGUAUCAGAGCUGCACCUUACGAUUUCAGAUUUGCUCCACACUCACAGGUUGAAUACUUCAAUGAGUUAAAGAAUUUGAUUGAGGAUACAAGUAGAAGAAAUAACAACAAACCCGUCUCUAUAGUAAGUCAUAGUAUGGGUGGACUCUUUGGUCUGCAUUUUCUACAAAGUCAGGAUAAGGACUGGUUGGACAGAUAUAUCUCCAGGUUUAUACCGAUGAAUUGUCCUUGGAUCGGAGCAACAUUACAGCUUAUUACAUACGCCAGUGGUUACAACAUGGACAUAAGUGUAAUCAGUCCCUUAGUUAUCAGAGAGGAACAACGUAGUUAUGAAACAGGAGUUUAUUUGCUCCCUAAUCCUCAUAAAUGGGAGAACUUGGAUCAAGUUCUAGUUCAUACUCCACAUAGGAACUAUACCGUGAGAAAUUAUCCGACAUUCUUCAAUGACAUCGGUUACCCCCAGGGUCAAGCAAUGAUGGACGAUGUUGUAAAUAUUACAAGGUUGGAGCAUCCUGGAGUAAAGACGACCUGUAUCUACUCUGUUGGAGUACCUACUCCUGUAGGAUUGGAAUACUCUGAUGGAUUUCCAGACACUCAGCCCACCAGGAUAAAGGGAGACGGAGAUGGUUCUGUAACCGUUAACAGUCUUGCAUACUGCUCCAGGUUUCUAAAUAAUCCGGGGGACCGGAGUAUGGUGUUCCGAGGGUUGGAUCAUGGACAAAUUCUUAAAACUACAGAAGUUCUAGAAUUUAUAAAAUCUCAACUUGUGAUUUAAAUUCCUGGAGAAAAUAUUUUAAAAGCAUUUGAACCAAUAUAUAAACCAAAUAAAUAUUUCCAUAAGGUAAAA